GAAUCCACUUCCGCCCUGAUGGCGACUUCACGCUAACGGUCGAAUGACGUCAGAGGAACUUGGAAGUCCUGCCCGGCGAGCUGUCAGGCAGCGUUAGAGAGACAGGAAGGGCAUGAACGCAGAGCUGGAUCAUCCGAUGUUGUACACUUAUUUAACCGUCGUUUUUGGUCUUAAUGUGUCCGCUCGAACGCUCUUAAUUUCGACAAACACACUAGCUAACUCGUCGGCUCGCUAGCUUGCACGUGAAGGCAACGUUCGAGGUAAGCUAACUCGGCAGACACAGAAAAGCCUCCGCAUGGCGUUAAUCUUGUUUACGAGGUCCAGGGCAUCUUUAAUGACAACUUCUAGAUCGCUAAACAGCGAUCUACGCAAAGCUAAAGGGAAACUAAAAGACACUGCCUGUUUUAACUGCAUUGCGUUAAAUCUAUCCAGUCAAAGACAUGACGGGUUCCGACUAGUCAGCUCGGCCCAGCUCUCUCAAUUCAGACCAUCAGUCCAGUCCGAUGGAAACGUUGGCCUUUCCCGGACCUCGGACGCACAGCGCCUCGUCUGCAAUUUUGCACUCGGGGCCUUCCCUUCGCCAUACCCUGCCAUUUCUGCAAGUUCAUGGCGGCAGGACGUCACUGGGGGCCUCAGGUGGAUACAUACCUCGCCGGAAAGGUGGGACGACUCCAAGGUGGAAAAGUCGCUGCGGUCACUAAAGGAUAAAAAAAAACUGGAGGAAGGAGGGCCGGUGUACAGCCCGACUACGGACGUUGAGCCCGUCAGGCGGACGCUGCGACAGAGGGUUGUGGAUGAAAUCAAACACUACUACCACGGUUUCAGGCUGCUGUUUGUUGACACCACCAUUGCUGGGCGCAUGCUGUGGCAAGUAUUGAACGGACACAGUCUGUCCCGCCGGGAGAGAAGACAGUUCUUACGAACCUGUGCAGACGUCUUCAGACUCCUCCCUUUCCUGGUGUUCAUCAUCGUCCCCUUCAUGGAGUUCCUGCUGCCCGUCGUGCUCAAGCUCUUCCCCAACAUGCUGCCGUCCACCUUCGAGACGCAGUCAAAGAAGGAGGAGAGGUUAAAAAAGGAGCUGCGGGUCAAAUUAGAGAUGGCCAAGUUCUUGCAGGACACCAUUGAGGAGAUCGCUCUGAGGAACAAGGCAGCCCAGGGCAACGUGACUGAGGAGUUCUCCACCUUUUUCCAGAAGAUCCGAGACUCCGGAGAGCGUCCCAGCAAUGAGCAGAUCUUGCGUUUCUCCAAACUCUUUGAAGAUGAGCUGACUCUGGACAACCUGACCCGACCACAGCUGGUGGCGCUCUGCCGCCUUCUGGAACUCCAGUCCAUUGGGACCAACAACUUCUUGCGCUUCCAGAUCAUCAUGAAGCUGAGGAACAUCCGUGCAGACGACAAGCUGAUAGCAGAGGAGGGUGUGGAGAGCCUCAACGUAAACGAGGUCCAGUCCGCAUGUCGGGUUCGAGGGAUGAGAUCUCUCGGGGUCACAGAGGAGCGGCUGAGAGAACAGCUCAGCCAGUGGCUGGAGCUGCAUCUCACCCAGCAGAUUCCUACCUCCCUGCUGCUGCUCUCUCGAGCUAUGUACCUCCCCGACACUCUGUCCCCCGCCGACCAGCUGAAGACCACCCUGCAGACGCUUCCUGAAAUGGCGACAAAGGAGGCUCAGUUAAUGGUGGCCGAAAUGGAGCUGUCCAAAGUGGACAACAAGACCAAAGUGGAAACUACGCUGCAGGAAGAGGCGGCCAUACGUCAGGACAACAAAGACAGGGAGCUGGAGAGGCUGGCUGAUGCUGCUGAGAAGGCUGCCAGAGAUGACGAGUUGGAACAGGAGGCCAAGAUAAGCAGACGCAGCCAGUCUCACGCUGUUCAUGCCGACACGCUCAGGGACACAGCACCUGCCAUUGAAGGAGUUAAAUAUGAACAGUGGCAGACAUUCCUGCGCUACCAGGGCGAGGAGAUCACCAAAGAGGAGAUCGACAUGAUCAGUGACGCCUGCUCCAAGUUGAAGGAGCAGAAGAAGCUGCUGACUUUGGAGAAGGAGGAGCUGGAGGAGCUCAAGGAUGACGUCCAGGAAUACAACGAGGACCUGCAGGAGAUCAAGAUGGAGCUCUCCAAGACAGGCCAGGAGAAGGCAGUGCAGGAGUCCAAAGCCAGCCAGCGUCUGUCCAAAAGAGUCAACCGAAUGAUAGGCCGCAUCGACAAGAUCAUCCUCGAGCUGGAGAAUGACAAGGUGACCCUGGACGGACAGAUGGACAGCGCAACCACGCCACCCAUCGGUCUCUUCUACACCUUCAGGGAGAACCUCAUUAGCAUCGACGAGCUCAUCGUCGUCAUGCGGCAGAUCCAGAACAUUCCAGAGCACAAGCUGCAGAGCAUCGCUGAGGCGCUCGACGACAACAAGGACGGCAAGAUCGACAUUGACGACGUCAUUAAGGUGGUGGAGCUGAUCGACAAGGAGGACAUCGACGUCUCCACCUCGCAGGUGGCAGACAUCAUGGUGAUGCUGCAGAAGGAGGAGAAGCUGAUCGAGAAGGCCAAAGAGAAGGUGGAGAAGGAGCAGGCGGCCAAGCUGAACGGCUAGCCGCUAAUGUCCGUGCGACAGGAAGCAGCUGAACUGACGAGUGGUGGUAAUAAAAAGGUAACAAAUAUACCUUCUGGCAAAAAAAAAAAAAGACUCCUCCACAAAAUGAGCUCCUGUCGGACCUUUAAAAGGCAGCAGAUCAAAGAAAGCAUACACUUCAUUGUGGGGUUAUUUAUUGGAGCGGCAUGACAACCAAGCAGGAGAAAUUACAUUAUGUGAUGACGCACUUUAAAAAGUGUAAGAAAAUUAUCCACAUUACAAUCAUCCACAUCACGAUCACCAUCACACUUGGACAAGAAUUAAGUGUAACACUGGAUGUCUCCACAAAAGACACCAUCAGCGUACGACUGUCAGACAACAGCCGUUAGACACAACACCAUUUCAUCCUUCGGCUGCUUCCUCCUUCACUCCCCCUGUCAUCAUGACUUACCAGCAGCCGGGCUGCUGCCAAUCACUCCCUGCUUGUUGGCGUCUCGCGCACGCUUGUUUGAAGUGGCCUUAACGCCGACAUCUUUGGACAAACACGAGGUCUUUCCGCUUUGUGCAAACUUGAAUGAGCGGCCUCAGACCAGAUGGAAUGUAAAAGCAUCUAAAACAGAAGUACCUCGGUCCAAUCAUCCGAAAAAAAUAAUGUAAAUCUAAUUAUUCUGUCCCAGACGCCCAAAAAUAUGAUCACAAAACACACUUUAUGGAAAUUAAUUUGUUUUACAUGCAGAAAACAGUGUGAAAUACAAAUAAAUGAUGAAUGAUUUGUCAUUUCACCUUUUAUUGAACACUCGUUCAAUAGUGUUUCUCAACUCCUUUAUCAAAGUGCUGCCACUCGCAACUCUUUUUUUUUUUUUUGGGCCCACGGUGGAUUAUUUUGCAGAUGUACACAAUAAAAAAAAAAGCCUGAGUCACCAACAUGUGGGUUUUAUUUGUUUGGACAGUCCGUUUAGUGGAAUGAUACACGGGCAAACACGACAGUCGUUCCUUUGCCACAUGUCAAUCAUUGCAGUGUCACCACACAAUUGGGUUUUUUCUUCUGUACGUUUGGACGCCUUUUUCAGACCUUUAACAUGCACGAAAAGUCUCCUUUUUUUUGCAGGCGCAUCAGGUAUGGCGUAAAAUGUCAUAUUUUGGAAGUACUGAAAAAUACAUUUUUAAAUUGGCCACCUUUUGAAAUGAGAAAAAAUUAGCCCCUCUUACCAGUUUCACGUAUCGACACAAAGAUCGCAGGAGACGUCUAUCAUGACAAACUGCACAUAAAAGUCUCAGGAACCCAUACCUGAAAACGAACAAGAAGUUGGCCAUCUUGGUUUUCGUCUUCCAUUUUUUGGCGAAAAAAAGGGUUGUAAUUUAGCAACUUCCUCUUAGGGACUUUGACCAAAUUAGUCGCGGUUAAAAUGACACAUACUACAUAUAGGCGAUGAUAAAUUGCAAACAAAUUUUUCCUGCGCCAUAAGAUGUGGGCGUGGCAUGGCGCCAAACAUUGCUCUGAUGUUUUUUGGUCAUUUUUGGGCGAAAAAAUGGGUCGUAUUUGAACAAACUCCUCCUAGGAACUUUGACCAAAUGAGCCACGGGUAAAAUGACAGAUACUACACAUAUAGGUGAUGAUAAAUUGCGAACAAAAUGUUCUUACGCCAUCAGAUGUGGGUGUGGUAUGGCGCCAAACUUUGCUAAGAAGAUUUCCGGCCAUUUUCCAAAGUAAAAAAGAGGUCGUACUUUAACAAACUCCUCCUAGGGACUUUGACCAAAUAAGUUGUGGUUAAAAUGACACAUACUACACAUAUAGGUGAUGAUAAAUUGUGAACAAAGUUUUUCUACACCAUAAGAUGUGGGCGUGGUAUGGCGCCAAACUUUGCUCCGAUGGUUUUGGGUGAAAAAAUGGGUCGUAUUUGAACAAACUCCUCCUAGGGACUUUGACCAAAUGAGCCACGAUUAUAAUGCCAGAUACUACACAUAUAGGCGAUGAUAAAUUGCGAACACAUUUUUCCAAUGCCAUAAGAUGUGGGCGUGGGUUUGGCGCCGAACUUUGAUCUAAUGGUUCGCCAUGAAACGUUAACUCAUUUAAAAAAAAUAUUUUUUAAGCAUAUUCUGUAAUGGUUUUGGUCCAAAAUUUAGCAUUUUCAGGCAUUAAAAAAACACAAUCAGAGCGCGCUGUUCAGUAUCGUGCCCAGUGAUUGGCUCAGCCUCAGACGGCGUCACUAUGUAUGGAUUAAACGAAUGUAAAGGUCACUAAAGGGUGUUCUUUCAUGUCCAGAGGGAUUUCAUAAUGUAACGUAUUUAGAAGGCCUUGAACCGUUUUUUACGCUCUAGCUCUGAAAAUAUUUGUUUCCCUACUUAGCGGAAAUUAAUUUAUUGCUGUCAUCAACAGCGAUAAAUUAGGGACGGCUGUAUGUAGUCUGUUAUGCGCGAUAAUUUGGUUGUACAAUAUCCGAGAAAAAGUGUAUGAAAACCGGAUCGUACGCAAAGCGGGGGCGUUCAAAAACCGAGGUACUAUGUGGUAUUUGGAGAAGCGUUCUCAGUUACACUCAGCCAGGGGCGGCAGCGUUUAGGACCCAAAGGUUUGGGGCUCCAUUCUGCAGUGGGGUGUACAUAAAUGUCCACUUCAUUUCCAGUAUCGGAUUGAGCAAACUGCAAGGUUUAGUUUGAUUAUGCAGUUAAGGCAAUGCACUAUUUGAUUACCUGAUACUUUGUUUACAACCGUCCUCCAUGUUGUACCUUAGGAAGAUAUACAUUUUUACGGGGGAUUUUGCUUUAAUUUCUUUCUUUUGGAUGUGCAUUGUAUUAAUAAAUGUUUGCUCUUCAGAAAAUAUACAAAUAUAUAUAUUUUUUCCUAUAGAAAUUGACUUUAGAAAAGGCAGCUGGAGGCAGACAGGAAGUGAACGAGCAUCUCAGGCUAACCUCUUUCCAAACCUAAACAUUAUUUUAAUCAAAUUAGUCCAGAACCAACAUACGUUCCAAUUGAACUGGCAGAAAUGGAUUUCGUUCAUAAACAGAUCAAACCACAAUAACUAGUGAUAGCUGAUUAUGUAUUUGACAAAAGUGGACCAAAAAACGAUUAUAAUUUGUGUUUCAAGUCACGUUGGAAGCAACAAAAAAGUAGACAUUUUUAUUUAGCUCAAUCAGGUGUUCCUAACUUUUUUGACCUUACGGUCCUCUCAAAUAUUAAUACUUGAUUUUAAUGGUAUUCUAUAAUUAUACCUAAUUUACUUACUGUUUAACAGGUUAACAACCUUGUCAAAUGAUAUUACCAAGGCUUAGGUCAGGCGGAUUGCACAAAUAAAUACUAAUCAAAUAUACUGCAAGAGAGAAGGGACUCAUAAAAACUGACACAGUGCUAAAAUGUAUUUUUAACUCUGAAUACUGAUAAUGUAAAGUGUAGAUAAAAUUAAAGUACAAACGAAAAUACAGCUUUACCACUUAAGUCAUCAUUUUUGCGCUUAACUUCUCACUGACUGUGGCGCCAGACUUCUUCUUCAUGCCGACCACAACUUACAAACAGGUAUUAUUUUGGCUGCCCUCCUGGCCCUAAGGUUAAAAAACACUGAUCUCGACUGUAGAUUUUGAACUAAUUUUUUCCCUGAUGUAAAUUUGUGAUAUUUUUUGAGGAAGUGAAGGGGUUCGAGUUUGACGUGAAAUUGUACGAAACAAUUUAAUUGUUGUCAUUGCAGGCUACACAAAGAAAACAAAAAAUCUAAAUAAAAAGAAAA